AUGGGCAACAUCGCGUCUUCAAAUGACGAGGACUUCUCGAAGACGAUAGACUUCUGCAAACAGCUUCGACUGCUGCACUUCGUCGUCAACGAACCGAAGACCUACUCCGAAACCUACUCCCAAUUCCAGGCAUGCAUCGGAGGGGACGAGGGCGAGGGCGAUGAGGCGGGUGCCCUGAAGAGCCAGCACAAGGAGCUGGCCAGGCGCAUCGAGGAGAUCGACUUCGAUGAAUACCGCCUCAUGUUCUCCAUUCGACGCAUCCUCUUCUCGGCGCCCUUCCGCGGGUCCAUAAUCGGCUACGACCUCGUGCCCGUCGAUGUAGACAGCAAAUCGCGGCGGGUCAAGUACGUCAUAAGCUUCGACACGCACGAGCACAGGCCUCCAUCUUCAUCUGCCCCCUCGCCCUGCCCCACCGAAAGCGAGACUGGAGGCGCCAGUGGCGGCAUCAAGAGCUACCGCACGAAGCGCAGCUACAACGAAUUCUUGCAGCUCGAUGAACGCAUUCGCAACCUCUUCAGCACGGCCAAGGAGCGCCAGGACAAGCGGCAGCUCGAGGAAGAGCUCGAUCGACGCGAUCGCUUCAUGCGGCAGCUCGAGAAGUCAGGCUCUUCCUCUUCCUCUUCCUCUGCCACAACACAAACAUCGACGAAAGAGGAUGCAUCGAGCGUCGAAGAAAGAAGGCCCAGCAUGGAGGAGGUCCAAUUGGAGGACGAUUUUUGGAUCUACGUCAAGCCGAAGCAUCUGCAAAAGCGAAGCAGCAAGGAGAUGAGCGUUGAAGAGGACAAAGAGAAAGAGAAGGACGAGGACAAGGGGGAGGAAGAGGAAGAGGAAGACGGCUACGACGGACUCAAACUGCCGCCUCUGCCGCCGAAGCAGUUCUGCUGGGACGACGCGAGCCGGCUGGCCGUCGCCGAGACCCGCAUGCCGCUCCUCGAGGCCUAUCUCCAGGCCGUCUUCGCAAACGCCUAUCUGACCAACCACGAGGUCUUCCUGCGCUUCCUGUUCUCGCCGGACUCGUUCGGGGACGACAUCGAAGUCGACGACGAGAACGCUGAGGUCGAUGGCGCCGGACAGCAGAAGAAGCGGAAGACCAGCGGCGCCGAGGCUGCGGACGCCGCCGAGGCCGUGCUGACCCCGAAGACGCGGCAGCGCAGCGACUACGAGGGCGCCGCCAUCGUCGACGACUAUGAGACGCCGGCGGCGAGAUCGUCGACAGCUGUCGACAUACGAGACCACCCGGCAAGCGGCAAGGCGCGUCAGACCAGCCCUCGGCUGCCGAAGCUGAGCGGCGAGCUGGUGAUCAUCGAUGACUGGGAGCGUGCCGAGGAGGAGCAACAGGAGGAGCAGGAGGAGAAGGCGAACCCGACGACAGCCAGCGCCACCGAGCCUCCAGCCGCGAUACUGCAGGAGAGCGUCGAGGAGCUGUUCGGCUCGUCGCCGUUCUUCUCGCUCAUGGACACGAUCAAGGACCCAGCCCGAGGCAUCAUCGGCGACGAGGCCGAACAGCAGCAGCAGCAGGACCCUGCGAAGGAGCAGGACCCGGAGCUGCUGCCGCCUCGCGACCUGCGAGACGACUGGUCAUUUCUGUGCGUGGAGCUGGCCGUCUGCAAGCGCCGACAUUCGCGACGGCGCGGCGGCAAGAAGGCGGCCGAGGCGGCGCACGGGAAGGAGGGGGAGGAGGAGGAGCGGCUCGAGGCCGACGACCGCGAAACGCAGCGCCUCAUCGAGCGCACCCGCACGCUCGAGCUCAAGGCCCAGGCGCGGACCAAGCAGCAGCAGCAGCAGCGGCCCCGCGUGAGAGUUUCCUGCGACGGCCUCCCCGACGGCUCGCAGCAGCGCAACCUGCGGGGGCGCGAAUUGAGCGGCAGCGCCGAUGGCGAGCAGGCGGACAAGACGCGAGAGCGGAGGCGGCGGCUGGUGGCCGAGGACGACUACGAGGCUGAGGAUGAGAUCGAGGAGCGCGAGCGGCACAAGCGGGUGAUGAGCCGCCUCCACGAGGCCGAGGAGUGGGUGAACCGGCUCGACGGCGGCCGGCGCCGCAGCGGAGGCAAGAAGCAGCGGCGGAGGUGGCGCGUCACCAGCGUCGAGAGCUUCGUCCUCUCCACCGGAACGGGCGAGCUGCCGUCGGCGCUGCGCAAGUGUCUGGAGAAGCAGGCCAAGACGCUCAUGGUGGCCCAUGGCCUCGCUAGUGGCAAGACGGGCGCCAUCAUCGCCAGCAAGAAGGGCGCGGCCACGCUCCUCCAGAAGUCGCUGGCCAUACUCGGCGUCACGACGUCGCGCGAGGUGAACCUGAUGAUGGCGGCGUGCCUGCAGCUGGCGCUCUCGCGCGUGCUCCUCUUCCUGCGCCUCAACUCGCUCGAGGCCUACCUCUCCUCGCGCUUCUUCAUCCACUCCUCCACCUACCUCGGCCGAGUGGCGUCGAUGUCAGCGAUCAACUCGGCGCAGCUGAUCGCCAAGGCCAGCAUCCUGGGCGCGUUGGUGGCGUUCCUGGUCGAGGAGAUCCACCUGUUCGUCCUCUUCCUGCGCGUGUGGAAGGUCAACGGCGAGAAGGGCCUCGACCUCCGCCAGUUCAUCAAGGGCACGGUGGUCAAUCUCGCUUCGAACACGUCUGCCUACGCGGGAGCGAUCGCUGGCGGCACCAUCGGCACGAUGAUCGAGCCGGGCGGCGGCACGAUCAUCGGCUCGCUCAUCGGCGGCAUCCUCUGCGGCCUCCUGGUGUCCUUCGGCAGCGACUACGUCUACUCCAAGUACUACGGAGAGGAGGACGAGGAGGAUGCGGUGGAGAUGGAGGACUUCAACCGCGCGCUCAGCGCCGAGGAGGAGAUGGAGGCCGAGGACGAGCAGUGGGAGCAGCUCCACCUCAACGCCGACCUUUGGGAGGAUCUCGUGGCCGAGUUCGAACAGCUCGACGGCAACGAGUACGAGGCCGACACCAUCGACGACAUCCGGCGAGAACACGAAGAGGCGAGUGCGCAGACGAGGCCGCAGAAGAAGGGCGGCAGCGGAAGGAAGAAGCGAAGAAGCGGGUCCGACGCGAAGCCGUCGUCGUUGGCGACGAAGUGGGGCCGAGUGAUGAGCGCAGCGCGGAGACGGAGGAGACCGUCCAAGGCCAACACGCGCGAGGGAACGCGAGCACAGGGCGAGUCCAGUCAGAGCCCGCACUAA